AUAACCGGUGUUAUAUGGAACAAGUCCCGCCUGUUGUACACCGGCAAAGUAUAAAUAAUGCAGGAGUUCUUCAUAUAUUUUUAAAAUUGGCGUCAUACCUCGGAUUUGUAGUAAAGUCAAAGCAGGAAGAGUAAAUUCAUAUUUUAUAAAAAGUACUAAUGAUGAAAAAUGAAGUUGUUUCCGAAAGGAGAAAAGGAAAUUCUUAUGUAAACUGUAAAUAGACUUGACUUGGUUUAAGAAAUUGAAUUCAAUGAGGUUUAAUGCAGAAAGAUCAACUCCAUCUAUCGUCACACACGCACAUACAUAUAUCACUAUAUAUUUAUAGUUAAACGUUUAUUUGCAUUUGUUAACGUUUCGCACAUUACAGUUAAAAUAUAUGGUGAAAUUUCAGUUAAGGGAAAGAGUCGCGAGUUUUCACCCUUGUCUCCUUGAAGUAAACGUAUGUUAAUAACGAUGUUUAAUAUGAUGAUUAAAUAGAUGUAGAGUAGACUGUAUUUCAUUACUCUUAUUUAGUAAUGGUAUAUGUGUAGGUCUACCACUGGUAAUACUGUAUAUUUUGCGACAUGUUUCACCUCCGGGGGUACUGUCGACUCGCUUGCAGCCAAGUAUUUUUCGGUUGCUCUACUACUCGUACGCAAACAUUACCGCCCAUUUGUUCUCUAGGGGAACUUCAUCGUUUCAGAUCGACGUCGCAUUCCUUCGCUUUGCUGUCAGAAACUUCAAAACAUAGUUCGAAUUCUUUCUCAGUCUGUGACGUCCGGUACUCCAAAACACCAGACGCAGCCAUAUCUCUUACAAGGACGUUCAGAACGACCCCUGCCAUGCAGGGUUUAAAACGGUUGCUAGAUGUCCCACUCUCAACCGUGUUGCCAUGCUGUAAAUAUAGUAGUAGCUUUUGUCAACCACGGUCAAACUCAAAGUCACAUUGGCGACCCGGUAGCUAUUUAGGGCUCUUCUCUUCUUAUACUAAGCAUUCUGUGUAUUCUUGCUGUGUACCCUUCUCAACCCACCCGCCACUAUGUAAACCCCACACGAACACAGAGAGCAAAACAUUUAUAUCAUCCAACACAAAUCGCACAGACAGAGACCAAAGAUAUCGUCUCACGAAAGACUUGAAAGAAGAUAUCCAGACCAUCCCAAAUUUGCUGACAUGUUGCCGAAUGGGUGCUGCUCCCAUUUUGAGUUAUUUAGUUCUUCACAGUCACUUCUCUUGGGCACUUGGCCUUUUUGUCUGUGCUGGCAUUACAGAUUUGUUGGAUGGUUAUAUUGCUCGCAACUUUGCCAACCAAAAGUCCAUGCUUGGAACUGCAUUGGAUCCUUUGGCUGAUAAAAUACUGGUCAGCUUUUUGACAAUUUCUCUUGCUGCUGUUGAUCUCUUACCAAUUCCUCUUUUAAUUGUGAUUGUUGGACGAGACAUCGGUUUGAUUGGUGUCAGCUUCUAUAUCCGCUACAUCUCACUUCCACCACCGAAAACACUCAAGCGGUAUUUUGAUGUAACAUUUGCUACAGCACAGUUAAAACCAACGCUGUUAAGCAAGGUCAACACUGGAAUCCAGUUAACCGUUUUAGCUGCCUGUCUAGCAGCACCUGUCAUGGGUUUUGUUGAUCACAUCUAUCUCCAGGCUCUCUGGUAUCUCACUGCAACGACAACAGUUCUUUCUGGCUUUGGAUAUAUUCUUGCCCGCAAGGAUGUUGUGAAAUUUCUAGAUAAGGAUUUAUCAUCAAUGAAUUCAAAGAAAUAAUUUCUUGUAUAGAUUAUAUAAUAUAUUAUAUAAUAUGCAGAUGUGUGUGUGUGUGUGUCUGUGUGUGUGUGUGUGUUAUGCCAUUCUGUACUCUGGAGUAUAUCCAUUUGCAUAUGUCAGCAGCCAACACUAUUUGUAAUAGACAGAACAGACAGAUACAAAAACCUUGUCUCUGUAUACAAUAUAUCCAUGGACAGAAACACCUUUAUAUAUAUAUAUAUAUAUAUAUAUAUAUAUAUAGAUAAACUUACUUGGAAAU